GGCGGCGCAAAGGGGUUCUUUGGAGGCCUCGCUGUCGCUCUCCCCGCUAUGUAUUACGCCAACAAGCGGUAUCCGUACUAUCGCUCCUUACCGCCGUCGAUCAAAGCCCUCGGCGUAGUCACUUUCGUCGUGCCUUCGUUCGUUAUCUCUGCCGAGCGGGCUGGACGCUUGUUCCAGAGACAACAAUGGACACCGCGUCAAGAGGCUAGAGCCGAGUCCGAAUGGGACAACCUGUCACUUGGGCAAAAAGUUGUGGACUUCACAGCCAGGCAUCAGUAUAGCGUCAUUGCAGGGUGCUGGGCUUUGGGUAUCACGGGCGCGUUUGCGACCAUCAUGCGAGACCCACGCUCCUUAAUUUCGAAACAGGUCGUGCAAGCUCGCAUGUGGUCCCAAGGGUUUACCAUCGGCAUCACCAUCGCUGCC